UGGAUACAUGAUACUGAUGGAUGCUUCAAGGAAUUAUGUUUGUGCACUAAAUUUGCGAAGGUGUAUACUUAUAAGUAUUAAAUGAUAACUAAAUAAUUGGAAGUUAAUGAUACAUCAGUUUAUGCAUAAUACACGCUGAACGCACGGUAUGCCAGACGACGCAAUAUCACGAAGUCACCGUCAGUGCAGUCAUCACGAUCACGAUGCGAUUGUCGAAUAUUGUUUUGGGUGUAGACGAAACAUUUUUACCGACAGUACAGUGAUUGACAUUUAUCAACUGCUAACACUACCGCCACCGACAAUAUCGAUUAUCAAUUUGAAAUUCUCUACCUUAUCUUCUACCAUACCCAUAUGAUAUUUAAUAUAUAUAGAUAUAUCGAAUAAUCGAAUGCUGUUUACCUCAUGCAUGUAAUGUCAACAAACGUGUAGAAAUACUAAGGAGAGAGUUAGUGGUACACUAGAUCUACUUAAUUGUUAGUGUAAGCAUCGUAAUUAAUUUUUUUAGCGAUUCCAAAAUAAAAGCAGAAUAUCAUUUUACGGAUUCAAGUAAAUCUUUUCAUUCGAAAUGCCGAAAGUUGUUUCAAGAAGCAUUGUAUGUUCUGAUACCAAAGAUCAAGAGGAAUACAGCGAAGAAAAACCUCUACACACUUAUUAUUGUAUAUGUGGGCAAAUGACACUCAUUCUUGAUUGUGCCUUGGAAAAAUUGCCUGUACGAAAAAGAGAUGGUGCGAGAAUUAUUGAUGCUGGCAAACAUGCUCACAAAAUGACCUCUGAGCAAGACGAAAUUGUUUAUUUGAAACGACCACAAGGCAUCGAACAGCAAUAUCGUCAAAAGUGCAAAAAGUGUGGACUACUCCUAUAUUAUAAACAUAAAAAAACACCAAACGUUGUUUUCAUUGUCAAAGGUUCUGUUGUCAAAAGUUCAGGAGAAGGCCCUAUGACUGACAUUUACAACCAAGUAGAAUUGGAAAAACCGAAAAAAGUUAUGGUUACAAAACAUACUAAAAAUAUGGGCAAAUUCAGCUCUGUUACGGUUUCAACAAUUGAUGAAGAAGAGGAUGAAAUUGAAGCUAGAGAAGUUGCAGAUUCUUACGCAAACAAUGCUAGAAUUAUUGAGAAACAAUUGGAGAGGAAAGGCAUGAACAAACGAAAAUCAGCGGCGCCUCCAACAGCUGAUAAUAAAAAGACAAGAGGAACGUUAUUAGAUUUUUGAUAAUUAACUCCGUAAUGCAAUCUACUC